AUGGAUUUCGUUACAUUCGAGUCGUUUUCAAACGAUGAGCAUCUUCCGCUGCCUCAGCCGUCCCUCCUGCUCCCCCUCAAGCCACACAUCGAGAACUUGGGGCUCAUGCUGAACCUCUCAAAUCUCAAAUCCCUCUUGAAGCUGAAAGACCAGCAUGUUGAGGGCGAGACAGAGGCAGCAGAGGCGCAUCUUGCUGAAAAAUACGCGGCGUUGUCUUUGAAGCUGUUGGAGUCGAAUCACGAGACUGACUCGGUGGAGGUACAGGCCGAUUCUAGAGUGUCGGCCUUAUCAAAACGUUUGGCGAGAGCGCUCAAUCCGUCCUUGACGGAUGCAGAGAUCAGAGAGCUUUUUGGGUUGCUAGAGAGCAAAAACACAGACAUUUCAGUCAUUACAGACCCAGGUGUGAUGGGGUCUGUGGCUCGGAAAAACGCCAGGGGAGAAGUCGAGGCGGAUUUGAUCAGAAGCCACACAUUGGCAUUGGCAGACUACGGUAAGGUUGUUCGUCAGCUCGAAAACUUGGGCAGUCGUGUAACUUCGUUGGAUACGCUUGUUUCUGACGUGAAUCAGAGGCUCGAGUCUGACCAGAGGAGCGCUUCCCACAUAUCAAAAGACAUUCACCAACUCACGAACAAACAAGCAGGUUACAGGAUCAAGAAAGAGCUCUUGGCCAAUUUCAAACGCACAUUUACGCUCAAUGAGUACGAGCAGCAUUUGCUCACUUCUGGCGACAUUAACGCCGAGUUCUUUACUGCCUUGGCUCGUGCCGAGGAAAUCAACAAAAAAUGCCUGAUCCUUCUAGCGCUAGACGACCCUACCCUAGGUCAAGGUGUCAUGGCAAAAUCCACCGAGCUCAUUGAGCGUGCUGUCAAUAAGAUUCUCACAUUUUGCAACCGGUCUUUGACAAAUCUUUACCUGAUGAACGAUAAAUCUCGGACAGAGACCUUGCACAAGUGCAUGAAGUACCUCAAGUCCAAUUCUGUCAGAUAUGCAGCGGUGAUAGACACAUAUGUGGAAUCCAGAAUCUCGGGUGUGCUUGAGGAAUUUGCAGCUCAAACCAACAGCAAGGCAACCACUAGCCACACCUCCAAAGAACCCAGGCCUGUUUAUUAUACCUCGCAUGAUCCUGUCCGGUUUGUUGCCGACAUGUUGGCGUACGUGCAUUCUGUCGUGGUCAAUGAAACAGAAAUCCUUGAGGGUUUGUUUCAGGACGACUCAGAUGAUUUCAAGGUGACCAAAUCGGACAUGAUGAGCCGGAUCCUAGGCGCAUUAGGCAGGCCCGUCAAAGCCACGAUUGACCAACUCAUGUCUCUGGAAACAAAGCUCUCGACGAUCUACAAGAUCUACACUAAUCUCGAACUCUAUCUUUUAAUGUUUGAGAAGCUAGAUUUUGCAUCCCUGCUCGUAGAGAUCUUGCAGUCGCUUCUCGGUGCUGCAAGGUCACGAAUCACCACUACCGUGAGCAAUCGAUUGGCAACUGUGGCGUCACUGAACUCGGCGCAAAUGGACUUGUCUGCCGAUUUGCAACCUCCCGAAUGGAUUCUUAAUUUCUACAGCGAAUUGUUGCCAAUUCUCGAUGCAAUGAUGAGUGAAACGAUUCUCCUGUUGCCAAAAAAAGAACACGACGAAUUUUUGGAUAUGGUGGUGGACAAGCCGAUCGAAAUCUUCGAAUCUCACUUGACCGGAGUUGUCAAGACGCUCAACAAAGAGGAGGUGCUUAUUUUCAAGCAGAAUUUUCUCGAUUUGGUACUUUCGAAAAUCAUGCCACUUGCGUUUUUUAACGACAAGGUCUUGGAACUCAAUCGGAAAAUGCAUGGAAUUACGAAGGAGGUAACGCAAUUUCACUUGGAGAAGCUCCUCAAGGAAUGCCUGCUUUUCGAUUUCUACAACAUUGUCAACAUGAUCUGCCCCGUGGAUGACGAAAUCUUCGAUGCUGAUAUGUACGAGGCGAUUCAGGAAAACAAACUUUUCAACGAAACCACCAUUGCCAGCGCAAACGACACGAUGCAAGAGGUACUUCCCAACGCACUCCUCGAUGUACAGAACAGCCUCAUGAGUCUCAACCUGCCUAGUAUUGUGUCGGAAGUGGUUGAAGAGGUGAUGGUCGGGUUUACGAGCUUCUACCAGUACUUCAAGGAGAUUGUGGAGAAGUUUUUGGGAGAAGGAUUACUCACCUGGCUGGCGGUUGAAAUAGCAACAUUGUUAGGUGUGGAGAAUGUUGUUCAAGGAGGCUGA